CUUCAUUAAUUUCGAUGCUUSGACGGGAAGUCAGGCUCUAAAACCUAUUAUCCGGUACAUAGUCAUGUAGUACAGAGAUAUGCAUUCUGCCGCCUCGAAGAAGUUUUGUCUUCAUUAAGAUUUCAAAGAUGGCAAGUAAUUCUGAGAUUCCCAGGUCUGACGUGCUAGUUGAACAAGACACACAUAGCCAGGGGCAAAAGCAAGAAAGCAAAAACCAAUUCCACAUGCAAAGUUCCCUGCCUAGAGAUGUACUGUUGAGUCGAAUGAGAGCAGUGCUGUAUGGGAAUUGUAUUGGCGAUGCAAUUGGUUUAUUGACAGAGUUUAUGACUAAAGAGGAAGCGCGMGAUAUUUAUGCCAAAAAGAAGAAGUUUUUKGGAAUGAUGACAACCAAGUUGACAGCUGAUGAACUAAAACUGGAAUAUGAAAUGAAGCAUAAUGAUUUUCAUCGUUCACGCUGGCAGACAGGAGACUGGACCGAUGACUCUGAUCAGAUGAUCUUAAUCUUACGAAGUCUACUGGAAUGCAAUGGAAAGGUGGAUGUGCCAAAUUUUAUUCAAAAGUUCAAAGUUUGGACUGAGACUGGAUACAAGGAACUUGGUGACAUGGGAGGAAUGGGAAUUGGAAGAACAACAUUCAACGUCAUUCUCCAUAAAACCUUUCUAAGUGACCCACAUAAGAGUGCAUAUGAAGUAUGGGUUGAAAGUGGACGAAGGGCGGCACCCAAUGGUGGAGUCAUGAGAACCUCCAUCCUUGGCAUACAAGACUUCAGUAACAUGGAAACUGUUAUAGAAAAUACCCGAAAUAUAUGUAAAAUAACUCAUGCAGACCCAAGAUGCAUUGCUUCAUGCGUUGCCGUGACAACAGCUAUUGCUUUGAUGUUACAAGGAAAACAUUGUAAAGGAAGYGACUACUUAUACGAUGAGAAAGAGAUUUGUAACCAGGCCUACGAAUAUGCUUGCAAAGAACUAGAAACUACUGAAAAGAAAGAGGAGUUGCAUAAGCACAUGUUUGCAUCCACUCUGGCUGAAUUACAACUGAGUGAUGAUGAUAAAAUAGGAUACACUUACAAGUGCUUGGGUGCUGGUUUCUGGGCCUUCAGGCAGAGUGAUUUUCGCCAAGCAAUAACUGAACUUGUAAUGGAGGCUGGUGAUGCUGACACUAACGCUGCAGUGGCUGGUGCAUUACUGGGUUGUAAACUUGGCGUUGAGAAGCUACCAGACUCCUGGCUGAACGGCCUGCUUCACAAACAAUGGCUGGAUGACCAAAUAGACAGGUAUUUUUCAAUGUUGGGGCUGGAAAUGUAGGCAACUUGCAGUUAACAUACUACAACUCGCGACACAGAUUUGAAAGACUUCAUUUGUGUUCCAAUUGGUUUCGUGUAACUAUUCCGCUUAACUACGAACACCAAAGCCAGGUCAUUUUAUUUUUUUAAUUUUAAAAGUAGUGUUUAAAAAUAAAGGUCCAUGCAUAUGACCAAAUAGGCUCAUUCUA